GCGUCCAUUCCAUGUCGGAGUGACAGCUGCUGAACAACUGAGGAAAAUGCAAUCGAUAUUUACCCAGAACGGGAAGGAAACACCGGAUCCGGUGAAAGCUCAAGUGAAAGGCUGUGUGCCAUCAUGGCUACAGGGCACACUGCUAAGGAACGGGCCCGGCCUAUUUUCCAUGGGUGACACAGAGUACAACCAUUGGUUUGAUGGAAUGUCGCUCAUCCACAGCUUCACCUUCAAGGACGGUGAAGUGUUUUACAGAAGUAAAUUUUUAAAGAGCCACUCGUACAAGAAAAACAUUAAGGCUGGCCGGAUCAUUGUCUCUGAGUUUGGCACCAUGAUCUAUCCUGACCCCUGCAAAAACAUCUUCUCCAGAGCAGUGACGCAUCUCUGCAACAUCUUUCCCAACUUUACGGACAACAACCUGAUUAAUAUUGUCCGCUACGGCCAGGACUAUUAUGCUUCCUCCGAAAUCAACUACAUGAACCAGAUUGAUCCUUUCACCUUGGAAACAGUUGGCAGGGUCAACUACAGGAAUCAUAUUGCCAUCAAUUUGGCGACGGCCCACCCCCACUACGAUGACGAUGGCAACACAUACAAUAUGGGCACUGCCAUCAUGGGGCUUGGCCCACCCAAGUAUGUCAUCUUUAAAGUCCCAACUGGUGCUUCAGGUAGUCUCAAUUUCAUUUGCCAUCUUAUGCUGCAAGCUCAUGGCGUUUCAUCCGAGUCACUUGUAUUAGAUCCUGAGCAGAAGAAACCAGCCCUUCAGAUGGUGCAACAGGUCGGCUCGCUUCCUUUUCGCUCCACACUGUUCCCGAGCUACUUCCACAGCUUUGGCAUGACAGAGAACUUCAUUGUAUUCGUGGAGCAACCCUUCAAACUAGACAUAGUCAAACUGGCCACUGCCUACCUACGUGGCAUUAACUGGGGAAGCUGUCUAAAGUUCGACAAGGAUGACAUUACCUUGUUUCACCUGAUCAACCGGAGGACCGGGAAAAGAGUUUCAACUCAAUUCUAUGGCGACGCCCUGGUUGUCUUCCAUCACAUUAAUGCCUACGAGGCUGAUGGCCAUGUGGUGUUUGACCUAAUAACCUACAAAGACAGCAAUCUGUACAACAUGUUCUACAUGAAGAACUUGAGACUCAAUACCAGCAGCUUCACUGAGUCCAACGCCAACUCCUCGCCGCCACUCUGCCAGAGGUUCGUCCUCCCACUAAAUGUCAGCAAGGAGACACCAAAAGGAGUCAACUUGGUGACCCUGGAGGACACGACCGCCAAGGCAAUAAUGAAGGACGAUGGUGCAAUCCACUGUGAGCCGGACCCUCUGUUCGAAGGUCUGGAGCUUCCAAACAUCAACUACAAGUUCAAUGCAAAGAAGUACAGGUACUUCUAUGGCUCUAGAGUGGACUGGUCACCGCAACCUAAUAAGAUCAUCAAGUUUGACACUGUGACCAGGACACAUGCAGAGUGGCAACAGGACAACUGCUACCCAUCAGAACCUGUAUUUGUGGCGUCGCCCGGAGCUGUGGAUGAAGAUGAUGGUGUUAUCUUGUCAUCCGUCAUCUCUCUGGAUUCAAACAUCUCACCAUUCAUGCUUGUGCUCAAUGCCAAGACCUUUGUGGAGCUUGCCCGGGCUGCCAUCCCUGCCAGCGUCCACUUGGACCUUCAUGGACAUUACAUCCCCACAGUCAACUGAAAGCCAAAUGUGGGACUUCCCCUGUAUGUUGUCACAGAUUCAAGUUGAGAAACAGAACUUUACAAGAACCAGAAUCACAAAGAACGUUCCCAAGUGCCACAAGCACCAAUCAUCCCCCCCUCACACAAACAAUAAGUCAUUGUUUAACUUUCAUGGGACUUUAUUACAUCAGCACUGCAGUAAAACACUUCAGAGAGUUGUCCUGUCCACCCUUUUCUCCACCCGCCAACAUGGCAGACAAAGCGUGCAUCAAAAGUAUCAACAAAGUGUUAUCUUUGUGACUGGCGAAGGUUGCUACUGAUGCUUCCUUGUGUACAAGUCCCAUAAUGCACCCUGGCAGACUCAAAAUCCAGGGACUGGUUAAGCGUCAGACAGGAAGCAACAGCAACCAUGAAUCGGAGCAGAGAACAAGAAUACAGGCACGUUGGAAUACUGAGAGCGUUCUCACAGAAAGACUCUUUCAUGUCAUGAUGGGACACGAGGCGCCUCCUAUUCCUCUGCGAGUUGCUCAGAUGAUCUCAAAGGUCUUCUUGAGUUCCAUGAUAAGCUGCCAGUCAGUCUUCUGCAUCUCGUCUCGGAACCAGUUCUUCAGUGCGUCGAUGGACGCCCGUGUGAUCUGCAACACAGCGACGGUGUUAUUACAGACUCAGAAAGUGCUCCUCAGUUGUGGUGGUUUUUGUUGUUGCACCACAGACAUGAUUUGUGUGCUGUUAAUGUGAAAAACAUCAUAUUCUUGUUCCACAGCAGGGGGCUGUGAGCACCACUAGAAAAAAUAAAUUCCUCAAUCCAAAUUUUUUAAUCCAAUGUGAACCAAAGAUAGAUAAUGCUCUGGACAUAUGCAAAUUGUUAAAUGUCAGUAGUGUUUCAUGGAACUCAGUGUAGUUCUUACAUAAUCUUGCUAACUAGCAAAACAACCGACAGGCUUGAUUUACGUGGGAGCCAAGCACCUCUGGAAAGCGUACAAAAGAAAGACAAUUUAACCAUCACUGGGGGUCUUUUAUACAUGGUCAACAUUCACUAUUUAAAUCAAAAAUAUUGCACAUUAUCAGAUAAGGAACAUCUAAAAAAAAUAAAGUGAUACUUCUAUAUGCCAUGCUGUUUGACAAAAACGUGUAUCUGUUUUCGUACGGCCAAACACUGCGCCUCAUAACUAGUCUUUUUACUCGCAUAUCAUUCCGCAGAAUCGAGUGCCCAAACAAAGUAACAAAGUCACGUU